CACGCUUGUCAACAAUUAGGCUAAUUCUUCUGUUGAUUUGAACGACUUUGGCCUCCCACCUCUCUCUCUUUCUCUCUCUCUGACCAUUCCCAUCUCUCUCUUUUGCUAUACAGUCAUUGAUACUGAACUAUCUGCGUCUCAGAGGGGAUUUGGUCUUUUAGAUUUUCUCUGAAGCCAUUCCUUGAAGAAAAUUUGGCCUGGGUCCUAAUGGAGGUCGAAAAUGGCGAUUCUGAGUCCAGGCUGGAUAGAUAUGAAGUUAUCGAGAAGAUUGGGAGGGGAAAAUUUGGUGCUACUUUUCUUGUCCUCCACAAAGCCGAGAAAAAGAAGUAUGUGUUGAAGAAGAUUCCCUUAGCUAAGCAAACAGAGAAGUUCAAGCGAACUGCACAUCAAGAGAUGAACUUGAUUGCAAAGCUCAAUAACCCAUAUAUCGUAGCGUUGAAAGACUCCUGGGUGGAGAAGGGAAGCUGUGUAUGCAUAGUAACAAGCUACUGUGAGGAUGGAGACAUGGCUGAGCUUAUAGGGAAGGCUAGAGGAACAUAUUUUCCUGAGGAGAAGGUCUGCAAGUGGCUCACUCAGUUGUUGUUAGCUGUGGACUACCUGCAUUCUAACCGUGUUAUUCACAGAGAUCUAAAGUGUCCCAACAUUUUCUUAACAAGGGGAAAUGACAUCCGGCUUGGUGACUUUGGACUUGCUAGGUUACUGAACACGGAAGACCUUGCUUCCUCGGUUGUCGGCACUCCUAACUAUAUGUGUCCCGAGAUCCUUGCAAAUAUACCUUAUGGUUAUAAAUCUGACAUAUGGUCGCUUGGGUGCUGUAUGUUUGAGAUUGCUUCACAUCAACCAGCUUUUAAAGCUCCUGAUAUGGCUGGACUCAUCAACAGAAUAAACAGAUCCUUACUUUCUCCUCUUCCAAUAGUGUACUCCUCCGCACUGAAACAAAUUAUUAGGAGCAUGCUAAGAAAGAACCCAGAACAUAGACCAACAGCGGCCGAACUGUUGAGGAAUCCACAUUUGCAACCACAUGUUCUUCGCUACUGUACACCAUCUUCCACUUUUCUUCCUAUAAAGCCGGUAAACAACUUGAAGGAGAGAACAACGAAAAAAUCACCAUCCCGCAAACCAAUUGGUGGCAAAGACGAUAGAGACAAAGAUACUGGAGCCGUAAACCAGCCUGAAAAUGUUAGUCCAUGUAAGAGAAAUGGGUAUGUACAACCUAGCUCUUUGCCUCAAUAUGAAAUGCCGACAUCAUCAGCCAGUACAGAUGAGAACCUUGAAACUAAGAGGGUUGAUCCUAUUAGCUUCCCUGUGGAAAUAUCUAAUAUAUCUGUUAAUAGUCCAAAAUCCAGGUCUACAGAUUCAGAAGUAAGUGUUUGCAAUGGACAUGAGCAAGCUGACUUUAUCAGUACACCUCAAGAGGGCAGCAUUGAAAUUGAGUUCAGCAGUGCACCUCAAGAGGACAGCACUGAGACUGAGUUCCCCUCAGAGGGAGCAAAUUCUCAGCAAGAAGAACAAGAACCAAAUGUUGUGAAUUUUUCACAAUCGUCGGAGAUUCAUGUUAAGACAGUGACGAUAAAUGGUGAAGAAGCAUGUGACCAAGUACCUGAAGAAGCUCCUCUUGAGAAUGAGAAAGAGGACGCUACACCAGAUAAUCCCCAGGAGUUGACAAUGCCCGGUCUGGAUAUUACUAACCAUAAUGAGUCACCAAUUGAUAAAAGUUCAUCCAAUGGUAUUCUCGAAUCCAUUGUAGAACCUGGAAGCUGCUUCUUAGGGGGAGUGGAAAGUUCUGAUGUCCCCGCGGAAGGCGCUGACAUGUGCUUAUCUUCUGAAAAUAAAGAUAUGCCUCCAUGCAAAGCUGACUCAGGAGCAGAACUGGAUAACUGUUCUAUGAACUCAGAGAAAAAUGAUACGCAUUUAAUUAACGACACACUGCAUGACAAUUCGCUUCUAAAUGAACUGGCUGCCUUAAGUUGUGAUGAAACCAAGAACGGGCAGGAGAAGCCGAGUCUGCAAAGAGCUGAUGCUUUAGAGUCUCUGCUUGAGCUGUCUGCACGGUUGCUUAGACAGAAUAAAAUAGAGGAGCUUACUGGUGUGCUAAGGCCAUUUGGGGAAGAAGCCGAGUCAUCCAGGGAAACUGCAAUCUGGUUGACAAAAAGCCUCAUCUCUGCGCAAAAAGAUUAACUGGAAAGACUAAUAUCUAGAUGUGCUUGCUGUUAAUUUAUUAUAAGUUUGAUUAACUAUUCAUUUGUUGAUUGUGGUGUAUGAUUGUAUUGCAUAAAAUGCAUUCCUUCCUGAGUGUUGUUUGAUUGAAGAUUGUACCUUGAAUGAAUUACGUCUGAUGAAGAUUGUUCACUGGCUGCCUGAUCCCAUGGAGAUUAAAGUGAUUAGAAGUUUCCUAUUGUUUUUCUAUUA